UUGGAAGGCGGCAAAGGCUUUAAUCUCGGACUAAUUCAGCUGCUUUUGAAGUGAACAUUUUACCAGUUCGUACUUCGGGAGUAUAGAGCGCGGACCUGCAGGGAGACAGAACGCGCUAUGCCCAUGGUGCAAGACGUAGCCACGGAUCCGCGAUAACCUCGCACUCACUCUCGUUCCUGCUUACCAGCCGCACCUUCCUCGUUUCCUCUCACAAUACGGAUUAUUAUACGCAAAAUCUGAACUUUUUUUCUCCUGAUUUUCUAAAGGAGGUUGUAAUUGCUUUUCUAUUUUCUUGAUGAAUAUGAUAAAUGCAAUACCGACAAAUUUCGUGAGAAUUGGGACAUGAUCACAUCGCCCUCGGUGUCUGCUCUGAAAAAUAGUACUCGUCUAGUGUGGGAGAGCAUCGACUCUCGGAAUAACAUCAACAAGCCUUUUCUUCACUCCGUUCCCCCGUCGGACCAUCUACGGCAAGCUAACAGAGUCCCUAUCAAGGUUUUGAAAAUGCUUACGGCACGAUCAGGACACAUUUUGCACCCAGAGUAUCUUCAGCCGUUACCAUCUACCCCGAUUAGCCCUAUAGAGCUAGAUGCCAAGAAGAGUCCGUUGGCGCUGCUUGCGCAGACGUGUUCUCAAAUUGGUAAACCGGACCCCCCUCCCUCCUCCAAACUAUCCUCAGUUUCAUCAAAUGGAUCUAGUGACAAGGAGUCCAAAUCCGGUCCAUUAAAAAUGAGUGACAUCGGUGUGGAUGACAAAUCUAGCUUCAAACCGUAUUCAAAGCCGUCAGAUAAGAAGGAUUCGUCCUCUAAUGUCUCGAGCGGAGAAAAGUCUGGUUUCCGAGUGCCGAGCGCCACCUGUCAGCCGUUCACGCCACGGACAGGCAGUCCCAACUCCAGCUCUUCUGCGUCUCCUAUGCCGUCAGAGGGGAAGUGUGGAGAAAGAGAGGACAAGAAAGAUUCAGAUUGUAAUAAAAAUGGCACCACGGACGGAUCUGGAACCACUAACAGCCACAGCAGGAUAAGUGUGAGUUGCGGUGGAAUUAACGUUGAAGUGAACCAGCACCAGGAAACAACCCCCGGAUCCAAAGCUCCGUCUUCGGAAUCCUCCUCCGUAACCUCUGUGUCCUCCGCGUCCGGACUUGGGUCAGGACUUGUAGCCCCAGUCUCUCCUUACAAACCGGGUCAGACAGUUUUCCCCCUGCCGCCUGCUGGCAUGCACUACCCGGGGAGUUUAGCCGGGGCCUACGCUGGUUAUCCCCAGCAUUUCCUCCCGCACGGCGGUAGCCUGGUUAAUGCACAGCUGGCCAGCAUGGGCUGCAAUAAGGCCGGAUCCAGCCCCCUGGCCGGGGCCUCACCACCCUCCAUCAUGUCAGCUAGCCUGUGUAGAGACCCUUAUUGCUUAAGUUACCACUGUGCCAGCCACUUAGCGGGCGCUGCCAGUGCCUCGCAGCAGUGCCACGACAAUGCAGCUGCCGCAGCCGCCAACGCUCUGAAAUCCGGGUACCACCACAUGUACCCUGCCCACCUUUUGCAUGGCAUGCACUCCUCUCCGCAAACUUUUAGCGGACACCCUUUGUACCCCUAUGGUUUCAUGCUCCCCAACGACCCUCUUCCUCACGUCUGUAACUGGGUGUCGGCGAACGGACCCUGCGAGAAGCGUUUCUCCUCUUCCGAGGAGCUGCUGAACCACCUGCGGACGCACACCGCCUUCACUGGGGCGGAGAAGUUAAUAUCGGGUUACCCUAGUUCCUCUUCAUUAGCUAGUGCUGCGGCUGCCGCUAUGGCGUGCCACAUGCACAUGCCACAGUCAGGAGGCCCUGGAAGCCCCGGGACACUGACCCUUCGGAGUCCGCAUCACGCGUUGGGACUAAGCAGCCGUUACCAUCCGUACUCCAAGAGUCCCCUGCCUACCGGAGCCCCUGUCCCCGUCCCCGCAGCUACCGGGCCAUACUACUCCCCCUAUGCACUGUAUGGUCAGAGACUCACCACAGCGUCGGCGCUGGGAUACCAGUAGAACACCCUUGACUUUUGAAAAGUUUAUAGUAAUAAAAAUGCAAAUAUAGCCUAAAGACUUUUAUCAACGCUCCACCUAUGGACGGGAUCCGUGGACUCUGUAUUUAUUUAUGUCUGCUGAAAGCGGACGAUAAUAGCUACAAAUGGAAGAUAUUUGAGACUCAAAAAGUGCAUUAUGUUUAAACUGAACUCCAUAGGUAAAGUGAAAACACACGUGGUAGGAUACUAAUAAAAUAGGGGUUUUCAUUUCGAUGUUCAUUUGAAUUUGCUAUGAUUGUAUUGUUCUUAUUUAAUGUCUCAUUGAGAAGAAAAUAAUUUACAUGCAUGUUUGUUUCUUAAAAUCCCAAAUUGUCCCCAUCAUUUAAAAUUUCCGUUAUUUUUCAGGUGUAUACCAUGGAAAGAGAAUUGGUAUUUUUUUGUAUGUAUUCUGGAAAAAAUAAGAAACAAUUCUGUUCCAUA